AUGGAGAGAGAAAAGCCCAGCGACCAACAUCGCACCCUCGUUUCACGCGCACUUCUUCCAUCAGUGGGAAAGCAUUGGAUAAGAGAGAUGAUCAUCAACGUGAAGGAAUCCACGAUGGUGCGGCCGGCGGAGGAGGUGGAGCGGCGGGUGGUGUGGAACUCCAACGUGGACCUGGUGGUGCCGAAUUUCCACACGCCCAGCGUCUACUUCUACAGACCGAACGGCGCGCCCAACUUUUUCGAGGGGAAGGUUCUGAAGGAGGCAUUGAGCAAGGUACUGGUGCCGUUCUACCCAAUGGCUGGGAGGCUUCGGCGAGACGAAGACGGCCGCGUGGAGAUUGACUGCGAUGGUCAAGGGGUGCUCUUCGUUGAGGCGGAGACCUGUUCCGUCAUCGACGAUUUCGGGGACUUUGCACCUACCCUCGAGCUCCGGCAGCUCAUCCCCGCCGUGGAUUAUUCACAAGGGAUCGAAACCUAUCCCCUCUUGGUAUUACAGGUUACACGUUUCAAAUGUGGAGGGGCAUCACUUGGAGUUGGUAUGCAACAUCAUGCAGCAGAUGGGGCCUCAGGGCUACACUUCAUCAAUACAUGGUCCGAUGUGGCUCGUGGCUUGGAUGUUUCUAUUCCACCCUUCAUUGAUAGGACAAUACUUCGUGCCAGAGAUCCACCUCGACCUGCUUUUGAUCACAUCGAAUACAAGCCCCCACCAGCCAUGAAGACUCAACAACCCACUAAACCGGGCACAGACUCAGAUAGUGCAGCUGCUGCUGUAUCUAUUUUCAAACUGACACGUGACCAGCUCAACACCCUCAAAGCCAAGUCCAAAGAAGAUGGGAACACAAUCAACUACAGCUCUUAUGAGAUGUUGGCAGGUCACGUGUGGAGAAGUGUAUGCAAAGCAAGAGCACUUCCUGAUGAUCAAGAGACCAAAUUGUACAUUGCAACUGAUGGAAGGUCAAGGCUGCAACCUUCUCCCCCACCAGGUUACUUUGGCAAUGUGAUCUUCACAACCACACCUAUAGCCGUGGCAGGUGAUCUCAUGUCAAAACCAACAUGGUAUGCUGCAAGCCGAAUCCACGAUGCAUUGCUACGAAUGGACAAUGAAUAUUUGAGAUCCGCUCUUGACUAUCUAGAGCUGCAACCUGAUCUGAAAGCUCUGGUUCGAGGGGCACACACUUUCAAAUGCCCAAAUCUUGGCAUCACUAGCUGGACCAGGCUUCCAAUCCAUGAUGCUGACUUUGGUUGGGGAAGGCCCAUAUUCAUGGGACCUGGUGGGGUUGCAUACGAGGGGCUAUCUUUCAUAAUUCCAAACGCAACCAAUGACGGGAGCUUAUCUGUGGCAAUAGCUCUGCAGCCCGAGCAUAUGAAGGUGUUUAAGGAAUACUUGUAUGAUAUUUGA